CGCUCCUCCUCGGGCUUUCAGUUCCGCUGGACUUUGGGCUCAGCGCGAUGGUCCACGGCCUCUCAGAGAUCGCAGCGGUGUGCGCGGGCCUCAUCGGGCUGAUCGGGGCGUCCGCGGCUACGGGUCUGCCCAUGUGGAAGGUGACGGCCUUCAUCGGAGAGAACAUCAUCGUCAUGGAGACGCGCUGGGAGGGCCUGUGGAUGAACUGCUUCCGCCAGGCCAACAUCCGCAUGCAGUGCAAGGUGUACGACUCGCUGCUGGCCCUGCCGGCGGAGCUGCAGGCCGCGCGCGGCCUCAUGUGCUGCUCGGUGGCGCUGUCCGGGCUGGGCCUGCUGCUGGCGCUGGCCGGGAUGCGGUGCACGCGCCUCGUCCAGGCGAACCACAGGGCGAAGUCCAUAGCACUGGUGGCCGCGGGGGGGACGCAGCUGUUGGCGUGCGCGUGCGUCCUCGUCCCAGUGUCGUGGACGGGUCACGUCAUCAUUAGGGACUUUUACGACCCGCUGCUGAUCGAUGCCCAGAGGCGGGAGCUGGGCCAGGCUCUGUACAUCGGCUGGGUGAGCGGCGCCGUGCUCUUUGCGUCGGCCGUGCUGUUCCUCUGUCGCCAUGUGCCGCCAGAGACUUUCAACGUGCAUCCCAGACACAACUUGCUUAGUUACGGUCCAGCAUCCUGGGAGUCAGCUCAGAUGACAUACCGGCCCAUGUCUAAUAUUUCGAGCAUACGGUCGAUAGGAUACCAGCCUUCCCUGCAGAACUACGGCUCGCAACGACCGCUACCACCCGUUCCUCAGGUCGUCUCGUACGACCCGGCUGCUUAUAAUCCAGGCCUGAUGGAUAAUGCUUUGGUGCAUCACAUGAGUGUGGGUCACCGUUCUUCUGUGAGGAGCUCAAACCGCGCUGGGAGCCUGUACGGACCAGGGAGGUCUCUGCACACAUCGCAGACGCCACAUUCACCGAGUUACGUGGCCGAUCCGAGCGCAUCCUACCAGUCGUCCUUUCAUCCUGUGCCUCAGACUCCUGUUUUCAUAACAUACAAAUCGUCCAUUGUUCAACCAGAUGGUGAAAACGGGAGCAGUGCAGGUGUCUACAUAUAAAGAAAGUUUGUUUAUGUGUAAGUUAAGAAUAUGCUGUUAUCAUUCAUCAUUUAUUGUUAUCAUUUGAAAAUUUCCACUUACUCUAGGUUUUUGUAUCUUAAAAAAUAUUAAUACAUGUGGUGGCAAUUAAUAAACGUUUGUUAAUAAAAAUAUCUAUCAAGA